GUGUCGAGCGAGCUCGUGCUUCGACGGAGUUCUGCUCGUCGUUCUGUGAAUUCUAUUCUGGGGUUGCUGUGGUUACAGGCCUGGUGUGACCCCUCGAGCAGGUGUGUAUGUGUUACGAAAAGGUCUACGUGGACGUUGGCUGCUGAAAUGAGUGAACACCAGCUGGAACGCCCCUCGGAGAAUGGGCUGGUCGAGGGAGGGGAGGAGGCUGGACCAUUCGUGUCGGCAUCGGAGCAGCCUGGGCCAAUAGGAGCGGGGGAGGCUGAACCAACAGGAGCCGGGGAGGGGGAGCUGGGAGGGAGUGAGGAGUGGGAGAUAGAGCUGGUCCGAGCUGACGGGAAGGCGCACGGAAGUCCGGAGCGGGAGGAACUAAUAGGAGGAAGUCGCGAGGUAAACAGCGGCGCUGACCUCCUGCUGGGGGAGAACGAGAGCAACGGCGGGGAGAGCGAGAGGGGGAGCAGCGUGGCGUGGAGCGAGGUUAACUUCCCGGGGGAGAGCAAGAGGGAGCGCCGAAACAACUCGUUUGGAUGGACCCGUCGGAAGAAGGCACUGGUGGAGGAUGACUGGGAGGACUGGCCCAUACUGGGAUCCGGCUGGAAAAGGAAAGAGGUGUUCAGGAGGUCCGGAGCUUCCGUGGGGAAGACAGACACCUAUUAUCUGAGUCCGGACGGCACUCGGAUGCGCAGCAGGAUCGAGAUGGUGAAGCACAUCGGAGGGCAGCUGGACCUCACCCAGUUCGACUACAAGUCAGGGUGCUUUGUGGUGCCUGGGGGAACCCCGAAAAGGAAGAAGCGAGGAGGAGGAGGCUGGAGGAAGAAAAAGGAAAAGCUCUUGAUGGAAACGGACGACUUUACCCAAAAGUUGUCGACCCCUGAUGUGGUCUCCACCCCCGACUCCGUGCGGACCCCCGACACCGCGCGCACCCCGGACAGGAUCUGCACUCCCGUCAAGACCCCCCAGACCAAGCCCUCACCCUCCAAACUCUCGCCUCAACGCUUCUCUCUCCCCAAGGCCUCCCCCAUCAAGUUUUCCACCCCGCCGAAUGUCUCCCCCCACGCCCCACCUCCCUCCUCCUCGUCCUCCUCCUCGCACCCCGAUCCUUCCUCCUGGUCCUGCGCUAUGAAGAACGAGCCGCACACCCUGCCUUUCAUUCCAACAGAGCCGGUCAUCUUGGGCUGUGAGAAUUGCGGGAAACCUCUUUCCGGAAUGGAAUUCGGAAUAACCGGGCAGCUGUGCUCCAGCUGCAGUCCAGCUAUAAAGCCAGAAAGCCCUCAAAACAUCAUCUUCAGAAAGUGGCUGCCCUGUGGCCAGUGCGUGGCUUGUCACGUCACUGUGGACUGUGGAAUGUGUGCGAGCUGUCGGAAUGGGCUCCUGAACCCAGACUCGGCCAGGCCUGUCCGGUGUCGGAGAAGGAAGUGUCUCCGGCCCAUCCGAAAGAAAAAAACACUGAAAGCACAGAAGGGGAAGCAGACGAAGUCUGUGAAAGUAAAAAAAAACCUUCAGUCUGAUUAUUUGGGGGGAGUCAACAGGAUCAAGAGCGUGCAGAAAGUGACUCUGGAGGAGAGGCAGCAGGACCUGUGGGAGGAUGCAGAUUAUAUCGUGCCAUACAGCAAGAAGGAGAAGGAGGAACAGUACGGCGGUUUGAGUACGGGAACGAUGAGAGAGUUUCCCAUCCCACAAUACCUUGACCCGGAAGACUUCUCCUAUUUCUACGUGGAUAAUGAGGAUGACAAUGACGACCAGGACGGACCCAAGAAGCGAAGCCGGCGGUCGUGUGGGCAGUGCCAGGCCUGCCUCCGCACCACAGACUGCCGCACCUGUGACUUCUGCCAGGACAAGCCCAAAUUCGGGGGCCGGAACAAGAAGAGGCAGAAGUGUCGCCUUCGGCAGUGCCAAGUGGAGGCCAUGAGGCACCUGCUUCCCUUCCAGAGGGGUCAGACGAAGCACAUGGAAGACAUCGGCUGGCUCGGGCCGGGCAGGCAACGCCCCCAGUCUCCCAGGACCCCCAAACUGCGCAGGAGCAAGGCGGGGCGCCCCCGAAAGAAACCGUCCCCGGACUGGCCCUCGUGGGUGGCGUUUGAGUUCACCAACGAUGAUGACGAGGAGGAGGAAGAGGAGUACGAGCUACAGUAUGAGGAAGAGCUGGAACUGGAGGAAGAAGACAUUGAGCUGGACAGACGUGUACCCCCAGAGUUACAGGGGACCCCCAAAUUCCAUCAGGCUGACCCUUCGCCUCAGUUGCCCCAGUACCCCAGUUACCCUGGUUACCUCAACCACAAACCAGAGCCAGAGCAAUUGUACUUGAGCAGCUACCCCAUUGCAGUGCAGGGCUGCAUGAAGACCGAUUACGGAAAUGUUCAGGUCAUGAAAGUGAACGAGUUGUCAGGAGCCGAGCUGAGCGAAUGCUAUCCGUCCACUGAGGUCCAGGUUCUAUACGACCGGACGGGGGCCCCUGUCCUCUUCAAGCCACCGCCUCCCCCUCCCCCUCCCCCCGUGGUGCCCCAGGUGCUGUACAGCAAGGCCACGGCGCCCCCUUUCUGCAGGGAGGUGCAGCAGCAGCAGCAGGGAGAGCGGGAGGCGAUUGAGACCAUCGACCUGGAGGUAGAGGAGGAGGACGAAGAGGUGGUGAAGAUCGUUCAGGUCGACACAGGGGAUGACGACGUACUGGAGGUCACACCAGUGAUCACUGGUAUCUACAGCCUUGCCUCUGGUGAGGUGGCCCAGCCCCAAUCCCACGAGCUCAUCCUUUUCCUGGACCGGAUCAGACAGGUCCCCCUCCCGGCACACUGGGUGGGUCUGGCGCUGGACGGCCCGCGGAUCCAGCUGCUCCAGUGCUCCAAACUCUCCACCAUGUCCGACACCGUGGUCCAGAUCGAGCACGGGUUCUACUACCAGAUCACGGUGCAGGAGCAGCCCCUGCUGCUCUCGCACCCGCUGUACGAGCGACACCCGCCACGGCUCCGCUCCGUGGGAGACGUCAUCGGCCUUCUCGCCGACCUGGAGGGGUACAGCGUGUGCCUCGGGUACCCCAAUAACCUGCCCGGAGCCGAGGAGGAGGAGGGGGAGCCUGUGAUGUUCGUGAGAGCCGCCGCCUGCGACCUGCUGGUGCGGAGCGAGGAGAGGUGCGAUCGCUGCAGUGUGACCCCACUGGUUGUGUGAGACAGGAGGGGGAGACGCUGCUGAAAGACGGGAAGGAGGGCGCCAGGAUGGACAGGCAGAGACAGACUAACUUGUUUUUUAUUUAAGGCAUGCAAGUGUAGUGGGUGUGUUUAGUUGUUUUUUUCUUUUAGAACGGGGUUGCCCUCUGCUGGGGUGGUUUUUGUGCUAUUUAUUUUUUAAUUUCCAAAAAAAAAAAUGGUAAUCUCUUCAAACUCCCUGCGGAAGAAAAGGACAGUUAAAACACUCCUCUCUCCCGUGGAACAGGGGUUCGUUUUUUUCACCUCCUGAUAUCAAGCCUCCUGUGAAAGUACAUCAGCAACACUUGCGAUAGAGAAAGAGAGACCAAACCUGUCUGCUUCGACCCUUCACACACAGAAACUUCACUGGUGCUGAAUUAGAAACAUUUGUGGGAAUCACUGUAACUAAUAUCCACUGUCCGCUGACCAACACAGACCUAAGAAACUCGCUCGUUGAACCCUAGGCUCCAGGGUUGAAAGCAAAGACUGUCUGUCUGCUGCACCUAGCCCUGUGAACUGUCCAGCCUUUAGCGCCACCGGUACCCUGUCUGGUUGCAACAGGGUUUUUUUUGGGGGGGGGGUGUUGCUUCCAGUUUUUUCUGCACAAGAGAAAGAGUCUACCUCAAUGAAACUUGUUUUCUAUAGAAAUUCUUUCCGGCUUCUUUUUCCACUACAGAACUAUUGAAUGAAUGAAUGAAUGAAUGAAUGAUUGAAUUUCAGCUGCUUGUUUUAAGUAUAUCCUAAUGCAUUCUGAGAUCCAGACCAAACGGUAGAAGAGUGACUAUUAAUAAUUUGUGUGUGCUUUUUUUUUUUUUUUUUUUUUGUAUUUUAAUAUCGUAUUGAAUUUUGUCCUUCAGGAUCGUUGGCUCUGGGUUCAAAGGUUUUCAAAAUAUAUUUAUUUUUUUUAGACCCCUCUCAGUCACUGUGUGCAUAUUUUGAUUGUAGCAUGCUAAUGUUGCAAUCAGU